AUGGCGCAGUUGUCCAUGAUACUCGACCAUGCUCGCCAAUACUCGCCAGUCCCCAUAUCGACGCUCUUUUUCCUGGCGGUAACCAUAGGUUGCUUAUUUCGCUUGUAUUUCCUAGCCCUUCCCAAGCCCAUACCGGGGAUUCCCUACAGCAAGGACUCUGCUACGAAACUCUUCGGCGACGGCCAAGCGUACCUGAAGCACUUCAAAGAUGACGGAGGAACAUUCGCGACGUACUGCCAAUCGGUUGCCAAAUCGCUGGACGCGCCUCUCGUGCAAAUCUUCAUUCAGCCUUUCAAACAACCACUCCUGGUUCUUGCAGACUUUCGAGAAGCACAGGCGUUGAUGCGUCGCAAUGACUUUGACCGCUCCGAUGACAUGGCCGACAUGAUCUUGGGCCUGAUGCCUGAACACCACAUGGGCAUGAAGACAGACGCAGUGUGGAAAGGCCAGCGUCUUCUUAUCAGGGACCUUAUGCUUCCCUCAUGGCUGCACAGCGUCGCCGCUCCCGAGCUAUAUCAACAUGCCCUCUCGCUGGUUGAGUUGUGGAGCGGCAAAGCCCGGCUGGCUGACGGAAGGGCCUUUGAGGCUUCAGAAGAUCUACGUCGCGUGGCAAUGGAUGCUGUCAUGUCUUUCUGCUUCGGGCAAAGAUUCCAGGACACGGCUACCGGUCCGGCUAUCGAAGCGGUGCGGAGCAGAGACAUGAACGUGGACAGGCCGAAUGAUGCAGGACGACCCGUCAUAUUCCCCCACACACCACUCAGCCCCGUGCUCAAUGCACUCGACACACUAUUCGCGUCGAUCGCCGAGAUCCGAGGGAGUCCCAAGCCGAGCUGGACCUGGGCGUACAUCUUGAAGAAGCCGCGAUACGCCCGUGCACUCAAUGUGAGGGACGCAUACAUCUCGGCGGAGCUCAAGUACGCAGUCGAGCAGCUGAGGGAGAGCAAAAGCGAAGACAAGGGAAAGUCAGCGGUCCAUCACAUGGUCCUGCGCGAGAAGAGCCUCGCCGAGAAGGAGGGGCGGGAGCCUCGGUACCUAUCCAAAGUCAUGAUGGACGAAGUUUGCGGCUUCGUAUUCGCCGGAAUGGAUACAACAAGCACGGUCAUGUCGUGGGGUGCUAAGCUCUUGACUGACAACCCUCGGGUGAUAACGUGUCUACGGACAGCGUUGCAAGCAUCUUUCGCAGCAGCGCUCGCUGACGAUCGAAACCCGACGGUGGAAGAAAUCGUCGGGACACAUGUGCCGUAUCUCGAAGCCACACUCGAAGAAAUGCACCGAUGCGGCGGUACGACGCCAAUUGUUGAUCGCCAAGCCGCCGUCGACACAGAGCUUCUCGGUCAUCACAUACCCAAAAAGACAAACGUUGCAUGUUUGACCAUGGGUCCGAGCAUGAUGGAGCCCGCGUUCGACAUUGACGAGUCCCUCCGGCACGAGUCCAUCCGUGGCAAACAGGCAGAAAAGGUGAAGCAGUGGGAACCGGAGGAUAUGACUUCCUUCCGACCCGAACGCUGGAUCAAGGACAACAGGUUCGACCCCGGAGCCGGGCCGCAGCUGGCCUUUGGUCUGGGUCUCCGGGCGUGCUUUGGAAAGAGACUGGCGUACCUCAACAUGAGGAUACUGUUCACGCUGCUCGUGUGGAAUUUUGAUCUGCUGCCCUGCCCUGAGAGUUUGUCGGAUUAUAGCUCCAAGUUGGUCGCGACAAACAGGCCAAACAAGUGCUACGUCUGCUUACAGAAGAUCGGCUCCCGUGGUUGA